AGGAGGCGGAUAUUAAGAUCUCUUUCUUCUAUAAAAAAGUUUCAUCUUCUUCCCCGCAAUUCAUUCUCUGCCAUUUCUUAACAAACCCCCUUCCAGGAAAAAUCUACAAUACAACGGGUAGUAUAUGCUAUCCAUUUCUUUGUCUUCAGAUAUCCAUUGACGUUGUUUAUCAAAGAUCAGCCAGUUUCCUUCAACCCCUCUUUCACAUUUUCAUCUGUUUCAAUUUCUUCUGGAUUGGUAUGUUCCCGAUUCUCUUUUCUAUUUUGAUGUUUUUGAUUGGUGUUUCUGGGUUCAUUUCUGGAUCAUUGCUCCAAUUCUUUAUCUGGGUUUUCAAAAUCUGUUUGAUAUAUAAUGAUACUCAUUUCGAGUUUUGAUAUUUUCCUGAUUCUUGAAUAUGUAACAUAUCUGGAGGAAAAUUUCGUUGCUUUACCGGAUUUGAUUGAAAAGGGUUAUGAUUCUGUGAAUCUUGUUGUGAAUGAUUGAUGAUUGAAAGGUUUUUCCUUUACAGGAAAUUAAUUGACCCUCGAAGAGUAAAGUUGUGAAAUUUUUUACAAGAGAUAUGCCCUUUUCAAAUUUGUUUCCAAUUUAUUUGAUUUUGAUUAAAUCAGUAUGAUUUGGUUAGCAUAACUGAAUGGAGGUAAGGUUUUGUUUCAUGGCUACAAAUUACAAUGAAUCAUGUAAUGAACUUUUUGAUUUAUGUUGUUCAGAAUGGAAACGAUGAGGUGAAUGUCGUCUAUUAGGGGUUGUCAAACUUAAUUGUUUAAUCUAGCUAUUGGUAUUUGACCAUAAAUAACCUGUUUUUCAAAAUAUUAUAUAAUGAUUUAGGACCAUGACUUUGACAUUUUUCUUUCUCCAAGAGAUGGAUCGUUCCUUAUAUAGAAUAUAAAGGGGUAUCAUGAACAAAAUUUCAGCUUGGAUGAAAUUGAAUAUCUUAUAGGAAAUGAUAACUUUAGAGAAGUUCUAGUAGCCUUUUUCAUUUUAAAGAUUAUCACUCAUAGGUCGAGAGGAAUAUAAAGGGAGCUAAAGAGCCCAACGUAACUUACCAUGCUGCCUCUCUAGAUAUCCUUACCUGUCCUUAGUUUUGUUGCAAUGGAGUUAAAAAGGUUUAUUUUCUAUGUUCUAUUCAUAAAUGCUUGUUGGUUGAUGGACUUUGAUUUUUACUUGUUGUCUCUUUUCUACUUAACUGAGUGUAUUUCACACUCCCUUUUGUUACCUUUAAAAAAUGAAUUAAUUCAUUGAACAAGAUGCUUGUAUGUGUAAUUUCUUGGUUUAAGAAGGUAUUGACUUGUUACUUCCUCGUUUGACCUUGCACUUUAUAAGAAAUUUUGCUAGUAGCAAUAUUGUAUGCACUUAUUCUUUCAUUCUAGUGAAAACUUUGCUCUCGUAGUUGGUAUAUGAGUAUGCUUUUGUGAAUAUGCCUCUUUUAAAUGUAUAAAUAGUUCUUUUCUAU